AUGGAGCAAUCUCUCCUCAAAUACCAGUCAACUGGAGGACUCAGGAAAAUAGCUACAUCGGCAGGCGAUUUUGAGAGCACUGCAAUGAGGUUGUCGCGAUCGGAGAGUGCUUUGCAUCGAAUGGCAUUACAUAGAAGCGCUAGCGACGAAUUAGUUUCCAAUCGUAAACCAGCUCUCUCGAAACUGGAAACAGGCAGAUCAGAACAUCUAAACGACCGAGAAUCUCAGCAGCUUGAUGUCGUAUCAGCAGUGCUUUCGGCGGGCGAAGAUGCGACGUCGUCAAACUUUCCUACGGCAGCCGUAUCUCCCCUCUCGCUAGAAAUGCCAAUGAUGGGACCGACCUUUGGUGUUGAAAUAUUUCGACUGGAAGCUCAGACGGAGACAGAUAUCGGGAAUAUAUCAGAAACAUCCGCCUCAACUUCCUCGUCACCGGAGAUGUGGGAGGAGAAACCGCGUUACCCCAGUUCUGCGUCCUCGAAUUCCACUUUGCGAUCAGACUUUGAUACUGAAACGUCAUCGUCAGACAUGAAACCUCUUCAGCGUCCAAGUACUCCACCUAGGUCAGAGAGGAGGCCUUUGAACAGCUCAGGAAAGAAAAAUUCGCCAGAGGAUAAAGCAAAGUCGGUGAAGUUCUCAAAAGGGAAGAAAAGAGGAGAGGAACAAUACUUCAAACAGAAACCAUUACCGGACAUACCUCCGACCUUGUCUAUAGUCAAUCCACAAAGCGCUCAACACAUUGCUAGACUUACAUCAAAGUACUCGUCAAGUCGCUCUGAAUCMCCCAUCGACAGAUUGAUUGUGCUUCAAGCCACAGAAAAGACCUUAACACAAGCCGCCAAUGACUUAGAACGAGAGUUGGAAAAGAUAGGAGAUGUACACCCUGCCUUGAGGCCCGAACAACCACUUUCCAAACCUGCCGACGACGACGAGAAUUUAGUUGCACCAUUAAACAUCUCUCCAAAGCCAAACCGCACCGCCGCCUCUAGCAUGAAUACACAAAAGGAGAACGUUCCCCAGGGCAAGCAGCCCCGAACCUACAGGGUUUUUCCUCCAUCCGAGAAACCCGACACAACUGCGAAAGACAAUACUAUUCAACAUAAUCGAUACAAUUCCAAUUCAUCUACAGAAUCAGAAACGAUUGGCGUUAGUGUCAAACAAAAUGCGCGAGACUCGCCAUCUUCGAAGGGUGUCUCCCGAAAAGUAAAGUCGUCUGUACGUUUGCCCACCUUGCGAAGAUCUCGAAACAGUAAUCAGACUGCGCAAGCAAAGCCAGAUGGUGGGAAUAAGAAAUCCGAUAUAUCGACAAGGAGCCCUGUAAAAAGCCUACAAGAUGAACAGGCUGCUCUGGCCAGAAGUACGGAUCGCUAUAUUGAUGCAGAAAUCGCAAAGGCCCUGAAUAUGGAUCAUGAGGAUGAUGAAGAUGACGACGGAGAGAACAAUAAGAAAGAUGCUGAGGAAAGCGAGUGGUCAACAAUGUACCCUCUCAAAGCCGUCAAAAAGCUGGGUAUUCCACUUCUGACGAACAGUCACAUUCCCCGUCUGUCCUCCUAUGAUGCGGAGAGGAUCCUACGACAGCAGCUACCAAAACUUGACACCAACUCCAUUGUCUCCGCAAUUGAUUGCCAAAAAUUGCCUCCUUCAUCCAUUGCACUGAACAAAAGGUACCCAGAAACUCCAGAUGACAUCGGCAUACAAGCAAGGUCAUUUAUUACAGACUCUACCCCUAUCCAGACGCCCACGGAAGAGAAAUUCAAUACGGGAAACGUCGAAUCACACAAUGACAAGGUGUUUGUUGGCUUUGACCGUAUGGAAACUGUUCCUGAGGGCAUGUCUCCAAAGACAGAAGAGGUUCCUCUCAUAAUGGGUACACCGACCAUGUCAAACUCUCCGGCAACGGUAUUUCCUCCACGCAAGAAAUCUCUUUACGAGCUAGAUGAAUAUGGCUCAACCCCUAUCUCUCAAACCACUAAAUCCUUUUUCCAUAUCAAGCUUCCAAUGCCGACUCACAUGACAGAUGAAGUGGUGCUAGCACUGAUGAAGAACGUUGACAAUCUUGAUGCAUUAUUCAAAUAUGCUCAGGUAAAUCGACAGUUUUAUCGUGUAUUUAAAAACAACGAGCUUCCACUGAUAAAAAACGCUUUGUUCAACAUGAAUCCACCAGCAUGGGAACUGCGUGAAAUGAGUCCCCCGUGGAGUGACAAUUCUGACGGCUUGAAAGAUCCUGAUGCUCCUGUACCGGAGUACACUGCUUCAUCAUAUUUACACCACUAUGCCCGCGAUGUGUUUGCAUUAGUCAGGCUAAAAGCCUUGAUAUACGCAAGAUGCAGUUCAAUCGUACGAUCGGAAACUAUCGGUGGCCUGACGGGCGAAAACGAUGUUCGUGCUGCAGAGAUCGAUGAAGCUUUUUGGCGAAUUUGGACCUUCUGUCGUAUCUUUGGAUGCGGUAAGAACAGGGAAGGAGACCUCAACGGACAGAUCGACUGGUUGAAUGCCGGAUAUCUGGCAAAGAAGAACAAGUCCGGUGCUACAGUGAUCACAGCCGAGCCAUUCUUUAGCAUGAACAACGUUCUCUUUGACCCUCCUUCCGGCUUUGGAGAUGGCAAUAGGGACGGGCUGACAUGCAAUCAAUUAUAUGACAUGUUAGAAAUUUGGAACUGUCUUGGCACCUUGGUCCAGGGAUUUAAUCGAGAGUGCAAGGACGCUAGGGUGGCCGGUAUAUUCGACGGACUGGAUAUUCCGGUAGGCGAUAUUGCAAAAGAAGAAGCCAUGCUAGAAGAGUGGACACAUUACAUUCUCACUCUGGGUCCAUCCGCUUUAGUUGGUCUCAGUUCUCUAUCACCUGAUCACUCGACUGAAGAGAUUUUUACUAAGGCCAAGCAGAUGGGUAUGACAAAAUGGGAGGCGCCAGAGGAUGGUGGCACUCGAUCAUCUUUUCUUCGCGAAGCGAUCGCUCGUGCUUAUGACAGCAGAGUUUCCAUACAGCAAAAGCUUUCGAACUCACCGGUCUCUAACGGAGGAUCUGUUGACUCUGCUGCUACUCGACGCGAGCGGAUCAGGAAUUUGACCAUCAACUCCACGCGCAAUACUGGUCAACCAGAAAACUCGUCUUGGAACGAUGGUGAUGAUGCUUCUACGCACCGUGUUCCUCCAUAUACAUGCGUCAAUAAUGAUGGCACUUCCAUGGCACCAUUAUUGAGUCCUCCACCGCGAUACUCGGUCACAGAAGCGCGGCUCAUCGACCCUGUUGACAAGGCAAUUCAUCGAAUGGUGCACGAACUUGGCUUCAGUGAGCGUGAUGCUACGUGGGCUUUGAAGAUUACCGAUACAGGAGACAUGCUGGAUAUCAAUGCAGCUGUUCAACUACUUGUCAGAGAACGAGAGAAGCGCAACAGAUUCAAAGCUUCUGACAGCCUUGCUGAAAGUACGGCGAGUGGCCGGGACGACUGCCUUGUUGAUAUUUCGAGGCACAGAGGCACAGUCAGCUGGCGAUGGGCUUGA